AUGACGCGUUCUCCCCGGGCGGCCGCCCUCCUCCUCCUGCUGGCCCUGGCGGUGCACGGUGCCUCCGCCAUCUGCGGCCCCGAUUGGACACGGCUGAAGAUCAGGCACGGCAAGGUGGUAGGUCCCUUCAUGCCAGACGACGCGGUGGCAAUGGCCACCAUCAGUGAGGACACCUUCCGCCAAAUCCGGGGAGGCAUCAGCCGCUGCAAGCUCCUGUCAACCGAUAUCCUGCGGGCCUGCAAGAAGCCCGUGAUCAAGAAGAGCGUGAUCCAGUUCGUCCGUGUUGAUUCCGUCAUCCAGUUCAACCUGAGCUGCAAGUAUGGCAAGCGUGCCCCGGUGGCCCACACCGCUCGCUACAGCUCCACCGCCAAUAUGCACAAGCGGCAGCCCGCAUACCUGCUCGCCAACAAGGGCAGCUUGGACGAUGGCACCCUGUUUGAGGACAGGAAAACGGGCACUGUGUUUCAAGCCCCAGAGGGCGCAUCUCCCGAGCGGGACGGGCGCGGCGAGCUGGCCUUCCGGGCUAUCAGCUAUACGCCUUGGCCAGUGGAGGAGGGGGCAGAGGGGGAGCGGCUGCGCAUCGAUGUCGGCACCGUGGGCGAGCGCCAGCCGCGCACCUUUGUGUUCAGCAAGGUGCUGCCGCAUCCCAGCCAGCUGGUGGUGACCACACUUGAGCGGCCGCUGGGCAUCGUGUUUGAGGAGGAUGCACGGCGCAAGCGUGUGGUUGUGGCUGGCUUUGUACCGGGUGGCCGCGCAGAGCAGAAGGCAAAAAACGCACGGCUGAACACGUCGCUGGCUGCGUCGGUGGCCAUGGAAGGCGAUGUGCUGCGAGCGUGCUCCUGCACCAACAUCGUCGUCGCGGCGCUGAAGAAGGGGCUGGUUUCAGAUGGUCCGGUCACCCUGGUGCUUGAGCGCAUUGUUGUGCAAGCCCAGGACCUGCAGAAUGGUGCCAUGGUGGCCGUCAAGCUGCUAGCGCGUGGCUCCUACUUCUCAUCCUCUGCCUCUAACAAGCCAUACAUGCUGUACGUGGGCCGCGAGAUCCUGCACCAGGCCUCACUGUCCCACCCCUUCAUCGUGCAGGUGUACGAGGUGUUCCUCACCUCCCAGCACCUGGCCAUCGCCAUGGAGUUUGGCGACGCCGGCAGCCUGCUGACGUACCUGCAGAAGCAGCCGGGGCGGCGCCUGCCCGAGGCCACCGCCCGCUGGCUCUUCCAGCAGCUCGUCAUCGGCCUCUCCUACACGCACCACCGGGGCGUGGCCAACCGCGACCUCAAGCUGGAGAACAUGCUGCUGUGCACCAACGGCGCCGACCACGGCCGCCCGCUGCUCAAGAUUGGCGACUUUGGCUACUCCAAGCACGACUACAACUCCAGCGCCCGCACGCGCUGCGGCACAGAGGUCUACAUGGCGCCAGAGGUGGUGUGCUGCACGGGCAAGUACGACGCAAAGAAGGCUGACGUCUGGUCGCUUGGCGUCAUCCUGUACACCAUGCUUGUGGGUGGCUUCCCUUGGACCCCGGGAGAUAUAAACUGCGUGCAGAACAUCACGGAGGCCAAGUAUAUCAUCCCGCCUAGCGUCUCCAUAUCCCCUGCCGGCCUGGAGAUGCUCAGCCACCUGCUGUGCGCCGACCCCGACAGGCGAUCCAGCAGCAUCCCUGGUGAGCUGCAGGCACAACGGCUUUGUGGGGAUGGUGGAGGGGCUGGGGGCAUCUGGCCAGGGUUCCAGGAGGACUUGCCCGAGGGUGCGCGCGCCAUGAACGACUUUUACUUCAACAACGCGCCCACCGUGGACCACGCCGCGCCCAAGAUCGCCCAGAUACUGGAGCACGCCGCGGUGCCGGGGGCGCCAGAUGAGCCGCUGAUGACGUGCCGGUUUUCGCUGCCGCCGCGCACCAUCCCGGCCAGCGCCUCCGCUUGA